AUGGCAACUGGCAAUAAUCCAGUCGUGUCAGACUUGAUGAACCUGGCCCACCAUAAUUCUUUCUUUGGGUGCCAAGCCUGUCUUUCCAAGGGUGUAUCCAAACUUCACACCAUGUGUUUUAUUGGCAAUGAGCUGCCUGCCCCAAUGAGAACUGUAGAAAGUCUUUGUCAAUAUGGUGUCAAUGGUCCCAAUGUUUUCAGAGAUCUCAAUACAUUGACAAGUCCUGCUUUCUUUGGGCUUGACGAGAUACAUAUCAUCGGCCAUGAGAUUGAACAUCAGUUGUACAAGGAAUUGGGUGGCAAGUUUGCUGUGAGUUCCUGGACUGAAAACAACGAAGCCCAUUUAGUAGGUGACAUCCAACAACAACAACAACAACAACCAAUAGUGUAUACAUUCACUUUAAAUGUAAGGCUCAAACAGAUCAAUAGAUCGAUAAGCAAGUCUAGGGCCAAUAUACCAGCAAUCUUCACUGGCAGUUGGAGAUCACUGAAGGAAACGACUGGCAGACAGAAGACAGUUAACUGGCUAGACUUCCUUCUGUUUGUUGUGUCAGCAGUAGUAAUCAAGAACUUUGUCCUUGUCAGCACCAGAAAACUGUUCAAGACCUGGUUGAUACUUGUACUAUUGCCCAGCAGUGGGAGAGCCAUUGGGUGCUGGCAUUCCUUCCUUCGGAAAGAAAUUGCAGAAGGAAGGAUGAAACCUACAAUUUUUGUGAUGAACCAGCACAUGCUGGUUCAUCUCGGUUAUAUGAUGAGGGAGAUGGGCCCACUGAGGGCAUACAGUUGUUGUCCUAUUGAACACACCAUUGAUGCAUAUCGAGCUGCAAGGGUCCUGGAAAGAAACAUGGAGAAUAUUCUGUUUUGCAAGGCUGGGAUACGCCAUUGUCUUGGUGGUGAGGUUGUAACCAGAGGACCAAGGGACAGGAGGGCCAGCAACUUUGGGGCUGCAAGUAACGAUGUUGCUGGUUCUCAGCUUUGGUCAAAUCCAACCAGAAAAACUCUUGUUGCUGUGGCGAGCAAAACAGAUAUGAACUACCAUACUUUGGUCUGUUAUUUGGCAGAUCUUUGGGGCCAAAAUGUUGUUAAGAUGUGGAAGGACCAAGUGGUGUACAGAGUCCGGUCAUCCUUCAACAGCAGACAUGUUCGAGCCAAUGACCUUGUUGUGCUCGAACAUCUGUGGAGGUAUGGAUUUGUUCGCAAGUUCUUCUCCUACUCUGUCUUAGAAGAAACCAGACUCUUCACCAUUGUUGACCAUCUGUGUGGCAUCCAGCCCAAUAAUAAGGAAAUGUUCCCAGUGUGGGAAAGUACUACAAUUGGUGACAAGAAGGUGGUGGAUGUGAAGUCUAUCAAGGGGAUGGCUGGUCUCGUUCAUGAUGUAAAUGACAAGACCAUUUGA